AUGGCUUUCCAUUCCCACUCCGUAUCUCACAAGGUGAUUUUCUGGGCUUUGGUGAUUGCUGUUGCUGCUGUUGCGAUCACUCCAUCGGCCGUUCUCGCCACGAAGAUAACCGUUGGUGGAGACAAGGGCUGGACGAAAGGCUUCGAUUACCAGGGUUGGGCACAGAGCACCAAAUUUCACGCAGGCGACAAGCUUUUUUUCAAGUACCCGAAGGGCGUACACAAUGUGUAUAAGGUGAACCAAAAGCAGUUCCAGAACUGCGACAUCGCAUCGGCCACGAAGAAGUACACUUCUGGAGGGGACACCAUUACAUUAAAGAGCGGAACAAGUUGGUUUAUCUGUGGCGUAGGAGAUCACUGCAGGAAUGGUCAAAAGCUCGUCGUCAAUGUCAAUUAA